UAAUGGUACAUUCGAUAGUCUUUACAUGCGAUGCGAGAACCUUGUAGCAAGACAGCUUUCCUAUACCCAAAAGAGAGAACCUUGUUCCUUUGCCUUAGCAAAACUUGCACGCGCGAUCCACUCCCUCUGCAAAUUCAAAUCCUAUUGUUUAGACUUAACUCUCAAAAUCCCAAAGGAGAUCUAUUCUCCUACCCCUUAAAAACCCUAAUACACCAAUUAAAUUCUUUCAGUUCAUGCUCGUACCCCAGUACAACAACGCCAAAGAUUCACAGUUUCUCUUUAUUAAUUUGACAUUUCUUGUCGAAUUCUCAGACCCAUGAGUUACAUUUGUUGGUUCUGGUAAAAGGGUAAGCGCCAUACAUCUCAUAUCCAAAGAUACAAUGGAGGACCAACGCCAUUCGUUUUUGAUACCCAGAUCGGAUUCAAAGAUUAUGGGUGAGAAGCGGAGUAGUGCUGGAUUGAGAGAUAAAGAUGAUUCUUCUCGUGGGCGGGUCAAAAUGCGAGAUCUUGAAUCCGUGUGUCGGUCUGAAGGAAUCAAAACCCAUUAUAAGAAAUCAUUGAAAAACAAAGAAUCCAGUGAUCAAUUUCAAUUUGGUGAAGAAGAGAUGUCUCAAGUUACCGAGGUGCCUGUAACUUUGGAUUUGGAUGCUUCUCAGGCGGAGAAAACUGGAAGGAACUCAUUUCCAUUAGCGGUUAAUCUUGCUCCUAGACCACUGGAUCUCAAUACUGAAGUUUGUGUUGCUGAAGAUUCGGCCUGUGGUGAUGGUCAAUGUGCUGAGAAUUCUAAUCCACCGUCUUUGUACAGGAAGCGUGAGAGAGUGCACGAUGGUAAAUGCCUAACCUCAAGGGGCAUUGGGUUCGAUCUUAAUGCAGAAGAUGUCUCUAGUUCAGUGAGUCCGGAGACAUCAUGUUAUCCUUCCAAAAUUCAUGGCCAGUUGAAGUCGAGAGAUGUUUCUGAGUGUGAGAGUUCUUUGGGACAGUUGAGAGAGAAAGAUCCAAAGCGACGUUGGGAGGAGAUGAAGCAAAAUGGUUUUCUCUCAUCUUCUUACGGAGGCAUACCAAUGCCAAAGCAACGUGUGAAGAAAAGUAAAAAUGACAUGAUCAAGAAAAGGAUGGAGCUUGCAAAGAGAGAACAAGUUGACCGGUUUACUAAGAUUGCCGCGCCAAGUGGGCUGCUCAACGAAUUGAACCCUGGGAUUAUAAACCACGUGAGAAACAGAAAACAGGUCCACUCAAUUAUAGAGGCCCUCGUAAGGUCUGAGCAACUCGAAAAUGGAAACAUUAGAAGCAAACAAACAGCUCAUCAGAGAAGUGGCACUACAGAAUCUGGCAACAGAAUGGACCCAGAAAACAUUAAUGAUUCAAGAAUACAUCCAGUCACUUUUUCUCAUAAAGAUGGACAUUUAAAUACUUUAUCUGGGAUCAGGCAGACAGGAGUAUACACCAUGCCAAUGAAUAAAUAUUCUCAGUCGAUUGUAGAGGGUAAAUGUGGACGUAAUGAGCUAAGCAUGGUAGAGAGGGUGUGUGGUAAAAGUCAUAUCUCACACUUCACCCCUCUCAGUGAAGAUAAUACACCAGAGCUUAAAGUGUCAUCUUCAUCUCAGGCAUCUGAGAAUGCUAGCUCCUCAUCUAACGAGGAUUCGGCAAACUUUGCCAGCACUGUAAAAGCUGCUAGUGUUGCUUCCCAAUGGUUGGAACUUCUUCAUCAAGACAUUCAAGGACGUCUUUCGGCAUUGCGACGUAGUAGGAAGAGAGUUCGAGCUGUAAUUAGUACAGAGUUGCCAUUUUUGAUAUCAAAAGAAUUCUCAUCUAGUCAGGUGGUUACUCCUUAUGUAAUGAGAAAUUCCAUUGAUGAAUUUUCGAAUAGUGCAACUGCAGACAUGCAUCGAGCAAGAUGGAACACGCUUUUUGAUCAGAUGGAUAAAGCUCUUUCUGAAGAAGAGAAACAGCUUGAAAGUUGGUUGAACCAAGUAAAAGAAAUGCAGCUGCAUUGUGAACAGGGGCUGCAACAUGUCAACUGGAAUGCAGCAUUUGGUCUAAAACAGUUGGGAACAUCAGAAAAUGACUCCAGAUCAAGACAACUGGAUGGCUCAGACAGGGAACUAGCUGUUAUGGCUGCUGCAGCUUCCAUUUACUCGACAUCCAAUUUCCUGUUGUCAGAGAAUGUAUCCUGUUUCUGAUUUUAACUAGUCCCUUCUCCCCCUGGCCUUGAUAAACCUCCAUGUGCAUUUAAGUAGUGAUUGGGGGCACUCAGUUCUGCUGAGUUAUUAACCUGUAACGUUAUAAGCGGACAUCCAUUUUCUUUUCUUUUUUUAAUCUUUUUGGACAGACUACUUACUUGCUAUACCUUAUGUAUCUGAUACUUGUUCAACUCUAAUUGAUGAAUUAAAACGGUUGUGAGAAUAUUUUUUUC